AUGGCACUGCUCCCCCAGCGCACGCUGCAGCCAGACCGGCUGCUGGGGCCCGGGGAUGUGGGGCUGGGCUCCCGAGCAGCCCUGGCCAGCAGGACCCACACCCAUCCCCCGCCCAGGGAGCCUGCGAGCACCACCUCUGAGCCCGAGAUGUUGCCAUUCCCAGGUGGGCAGCACCACGCCAACAACCGCGUUGUGCUACAGAGGAGGGGCAGGAUUCUAUCCGAGGAGCAGGAGUUUGAUGUAGAUGUGCUCCCAUGGCCCUGCCUGCUGAGGGCCCUCUCUGCUGCCAUCCUCCCAGAGAUCCGUCUCGCCAGCGGGCCCAGCCGCUGCCAGGGCCGAGUGGAGAUCCUCUACAACGGCUCCUGGGGGACGGUCUGCGACGACGACUGGGACAUCGUGGACGCCAACGUGGUGUGCCGCCAGCUGGGCUGUGGCCAUGCCAUCACCCUGCCAGCCGCCAUGACCUUCGGCCAGGGCAGUGGGCCCAUCUUCCUGGACAACGUGGACUGCAAGGGCUCGGAGGCAGCCCUGAGCGAGUGCUGGAGCCACGGCUGGGGCAUCCACAACUGCUACCACUACGAGGACGUGGCUGUUGUGUGCAACGAGUUCUCACCCACGCAAGUCAGCGAAGGACCCACCACCAGGACCCUCACAGCCUCGGUACAGGAUGGGGAAAGUGACGGCAGCAUCCGCCUGGUGAGCGGCCCCGACACCUGCCAGGGCCGGGUGGAGAUCUUCUACCGCGGCAACUGGGGCACCGUCUGCGACGACGACUGGGGCCUGAGCGAUGCCAGCGUGGUCUGCAAGCAGCUGGGCUGUGGGCAAGCCCUGGAUUACAAGAGCAAUGCCUAUUUUGGCUAUGGAACGGGACGUAUCCUCCUGGACAACGUCAACUGCGACGGCAGCGAGCCCUUCCUGUCCGCCUGCUACAGCCUCGGCUGGGGCAUCCAUAACUGCGGCCACCACGAGGAUGCUGGGGUCAUCUGCGCAGGACUGGACACAUCCACCAUCACAUCAUUCACCACCUCAGUGGCCCUGGACUCUGAGGAGACUCUCACAGCCACAGCCACAGCAGUGACAGACAGCAGGGACCAGCCCUCCCCGGCCACCGAGGUGGUCACCACCACGCUCCUGACCAUCGAGCAGGAAAGUGGCGGCUUGCGGCUGGCGAACGGCAACGGGAGCUGCCGCGGGCGGGUGGAGGUGCGGCACCGCGGCACCUGGGGCACCGUCUGCGACGACGACUGGGACUUCCCCGACGCCCAGGUGGUUUGCCGGCAGCUGGGCUGCGGCAGCGCCCUCGCCGCCACCGUGCUCGGCUCCUUCGGCUACGGCAGCGGGCCCGUGCUGCUGGAUAACGUGGGCUGCGGCGGCGGCGAGGCGCGCCUGGCGGACUGCUUCCACCUGGGCUGGGGACAGCACAACUGCGGCCACCACGAGGACGCCGGGGUCAUCUGCCGAGGUGCUGAUGACACUGAAGACCAUUACCAAGAGGCCACUGCUACCACCACCACAUUGGUCCCCACUCGUCCCAAGGAGGGGUCGCUGCGCCUGGUGAACGGCAGCCACCGCUGCGAGGGCCGCGUGGAGCUCUUCUACCUGUCCCAGUGGGGCACGGUGUGCGACGACGCCUGGGACCUGCGGGACGCCAGGGUGGUGUGCAGGCAGCUGGGCUGCGGGCACGCCCUGGCAGCCCGGGGGGAGGCACACUACGGCCAAGGCUCGGGCUACAUCUUCCUCGACAACCUCAAGUGCAAGGGCCACGAGCCCUCGCUGCUGCGCUGCUCCCACAUCCGCUGGGACGUCCACAACUGCGACCACUCCGAGGAUGCCGGUGCUGUCUGUGACAUCCUAUGACCCUCCCGCAGCUCAGGUGGAAAGACCCAGCCUGCAGCACCAGUCACCUUCACCACCAAGUGUUUGAUUCCUACUGGGACAUUGGGAAAAUGACUUCUGUGUUCUCAUGGAUGGGGUUCAAGGGUGGGGAAGGGCUCAUGCAGUGGCACAAAGCUCACUCCUCUGUUUGUGCAAUUAUUUUGUUGAUAAGAGACUGUGCAUAUUCCUGGGUUGGGUUUUUUUCGUUUUCCAAUUUUUUUUUCUUAUACGUGUGUGGGUUUGUUUUUGUGAAUACAUAAAAGCCCUUUGA